AUGCCCGUGUUGGAGGUAGAUGGAGCGGUCAUCCCUCAGAGUGUCGCAAUUCUCCGCUACGUGGGGAAGAUGGGGAACUUGUACCCCAACGACCCCAUCCAAGCCGCUUUCGCCGACAGUGCAGUUGACGCUGUGAGCGACAUCCAUGGCUACAUGCGAGGUAUCAUUUUCGAGAAGGACGCGGACGCGAAGGCGCAACUGCGCAAAGACCUGGUCGAGACCCUUCUCCCACCGUGGCUGACCAAUUCGGAGAAGGCGUUGAAGCUAGCUGGCGGCAAGUACUUCGCGGGCGACAAGCUCUCCAUCGGCGACAUCGCGGUUGUCGCACGGCUGAACUGGCUCACAGACGGUACCUUCGAGGGCGUCCCCUCGACCCUCUUGGAAGAGUUCCCCCUCCUGUCCUCUCUCGUGCAGAGGAUUAUGGCCGAGCCGAGGAUCGUGGCGUACAUGGAGGGGCGACCCAAGAAGUAGAUGAUAGAGAUUGCUCAGUGGUAGUUGCCUUGCACGCGUGUUCAGCUAGCAUGCUACUGCGGAAAAUUCUGUACUGUAGGUUCGCAGGAAUUGCUAUCGGUAGGCGGAAGUUUUUGUAGACAACCGGCAGGAAGGUUUCCAAAGGCAUAGCAAUUGGGUGAUCGACGUGGUAAUGUCUCCUGUGGUUGUCAUGUGUUUCCCCUUCUCUUGAAUUAUUUCAGUGAGGAACAAACGCAUUAUGUGUCGUUCAAGGGCUUUAAUGGUACAACAAUACAACGGCAUCUGCAGUGUUCAUGUCUUUCUCUCUGUUGAACUCUUCUUCGCGAGUGAGGAACAAACACAAUCUGUGUCAUUCGACUUGCACUCUUUUGAGCCCUACCUUCAAUCAAGUGUCAUGGUGGUGGACAGGGUGCUUCCUUUGCAGUUGGCGACCCCCGU